AUGCUGGGGAAUAAGUCUGGAUUUGCUGCUCUAGUGAAGGAGAGGGUACCAGAUAUCAUUACGAAGCACUGUGUACUCCAUCGCCAUGCUUUGGCGGUAAAGACAUUGCCAUCUCAUUUGAAAGAAGUUCUGUCCGUCUGUGUUAAAGUUGUCAAUUACAUCCGGGGACGUGCUUUAAACCACAGAGUGUUCAAGUUAUUUUGUGAGGAGAUGGGAAGUGAACAUCAGGUGCUUCUCUUCCACACUGAAGUGCGAUGGCUCUCCCGUGGAAAAAUGCUGACACGUAUUGCAGAGCUCGCUGAUGAGAUUGCAAUAUUUCUCCGAGAGUAUCAGAGUGAUUUUGCUGAAAAUUUUGUGGACGAAAUUUUCAUUCCCUCCCUCUCCUACCUGGCAGACAUUUUCGGUCAUCUGAAUGAUCUCAACUUGUCCAUGCAAGGCAUGUUUGCUAAUAAUAUUGAUUGUACAGAGAAGGUAGAAGCCUUCAAGAAGAAAAUAUCACUGUGGAAGCGUCGAAUCCAGGGAGGAAAUGUGGGAAGCUUUCCUAUCCUGGAUGAAAAACAUGGAGACAAGGCAAUCCAGCCAAUGCUUGUAGAAAAUAUUGUUGCUCACCUCUCACUCCUAGAGACCACUAUGGCACAAUACUUUCCCAUGGAUCAUUCAUUUCCAGAAUGGAUACAGCAGCCCUUCUUGGCAGAUAUGGAUGAUGAUGAUAACCUAAAGGAGGAGCUUAUUGAUCUGCAGGUGAACCAGGGUUGUCAAACAAAAUUUCGCACACUACCGCUGUCAGGUUUCUGGUGUGAUCAGUUGGUAGCAUACCCUAAAUUAGCAAAGGCAGCGCUGGAAAUGAUCAUCCCAUUUCCAACUACCUACCUCUGUGAAAAGGCUUUCUCCACCAUGCUCCAAAUCAAAACAACUGCCUGGAACCGACUUCAAAUUGGGUUGCUUCAUGAUAUGAGGGUAGCUCUGGCCAACACAAAGCCUCGAAUUGAGAAACUAGUUGCAUAUAAGCAACAGCAAAAAUCACAUUGA